UCAAUUCCGACGUCCUCUGAGAGCAGGGAACUGUCCACAUGAAGACCCUUCUGUUGUUGGCCUUGAUCAUGGCCUUUGGCCUGCUGCAGACCCAAGGGAGUUUGUGGGAUUUCCAGAAAAUGAUACGGCAAGUGACAGGAAAGGGAGCUGCAUCCAGUUACGGCUUCUAUGGUUGCUACUGUGGCCUUGGCGGCCGAGGAUCCCCCAAGGAUGCGACGGAUCGGUGCUGCGCCGCACAUGACUGUUGCUACAAACGGCUGCAGAAGCGGGGCUGUGGCACCAAGGCCCUAGGCUACAGCUUUACUUACCGCAAGGGCCAAGUCAUCUGUGGGAAACAGGGCUCCUGUCAGAGUCAACUGUGUCAAUGUGAUAAAACAGCUGCCUCCUGUUUUAAAAGAAACCUGAAGACCUACAAUAAGAAAUACCAAUUCUACAACAACAAGCAGUGCAAAGGGAAUGCCUACCGGUGCUGA